AUGGCAGAGACCGGAAAAUAUAGCGCGGAGCAGAUUGAAGCUAUGUCUAACAAGCUCAACGAAAAUGCCGGCACUAUGGGGGUAUCCCUUUACCCCUGCAGUGUACCGGGACACGGUAAAAUGUUUGACAUGCCCAAUGACAUGAUGGAAGUUGGUCUUGGAAUUCAUGGGGAGCCAGGAUGUCGACGAGAAGCAAUAGAAAGUGCUGACAAAAUCGUGAACACAAUUAUGACAAAGCUACAGGAGGUCGUAAAGUUCACGAAAGAGGAGCCUAUUGUGCUUCUCAUCAACAACCUAGGCGGCGUAUCCCAAAUAGAGAUGGGCAUAAUUAGAAGUGAAGUGGUUAAAUGGUGUCGUCAACACAGCAUACAAAUAGCACGACUUCUAUGUGGCACUUACAUGACCUCCUUAGAUGGGCAUGGCAUCAGUCUCACAGCUCUAAAAGUAUUCGACAAAGAAAUUUUGGACUUUCUCGAUGCUCCCACUUCAGCUCCAGGAUGGCAUGGAGCCGAUAAGCUUGGCAGACCGGAGACUGCACCUUCAUCCGACAAGGGUCAAUCUAUAGAGGUGCAGACAUCUUCCAAAGGGAUAACACUCACAAAAGGUCGAUUUUUAGAGCAAGCCGAGUUAGCGAAAAAGUGUGUGCUUGCGGUUUGCGAUAAGAUGAAUGCAAUGGAAUCAGAGUUAAAUGCAUUAGAUGGAGCUGCAGGCGAUGGAGAUUGUGGAUCAACAUUUGCACAUGCUGCAAAGGCUAUUAACGAACGAAUGAAAACCUUGGAACUAAAUAGCGCACAACAGCUACUCUUCAAUAUAUCCGAGGUAUUCGAACAAGAAGUGGGAGGCACUGGUGGAGCGGUAGGUAUUUUAUGAAA